UCUUGAUGGAUUUCAGUUUUGCGGAAGCUGUCGUGCUAGUUGGAUCGGAUUUGUUUGCGGUGCAAAAGUUACUAAAAAUCAGUGCAAUAUGGUGCAAAUAGUUAGGCUGGCGGGAAACAGCAGAUGUCUGUCGGGAAAAGUGAUUGCUUUUCUUCUACUGGCCAUCGUUGGGGUUGCGUUUGCAUGCAACGGUGGCUACAAACUCAAAGUGCGCAAGGUGCAGAACUGCGCCGGUUCCGAUGCGGUCAUCACGGCCAGCGAGAACUACACGGUGGUGCUGACGAAGAACUGCGACAUCAAAUCCCGCGGUUGCGUUCAGUUCAAAUCGUUCAAAACGGCCGUUGCCAAAUACAAGAUCCGCAAAGAUGGCGUCCAGAUAUUGCAGGGCAACAUGAACCUAUGUGACACGAUUAAAACCGGCAGUCGGCAUGCGGAUGUUGGUCCGAUAAUGAGAACGUUCAAACUGCCGGAGAAGUGCCCGGUGGAGGAGGGUUCACUCUGCACGGAUCCGACACAGGUGGUGAAUAUCGCGCCGUUUGCACAGUUCCUCACCCUGGUACGGGGCACAAUUGAUGUCGAGACUGAGAUCCAGCACGACACGGGUAGAAGUUGCUUCCAAGUCAGGUUUGAUGUCACAAAGUGAUCGGACGAGUUACGUGAACGGAAUCAAUUACAAAUAAUAUAGACAUGUGUACCUAAUGAAUUGUGGAUAGCGGGUGUUAAUAAAUAUGCAUUGUUACCUCAUUUACCCGGGAACGAUUGAAUGGUA